UUGUUGACUGUGAGCAUAUGUGUCACGCGAUAGUAGCUACUGAUACUGCUUUUUGUUGACUUCCAGUUCUCCUUUGACAAAGAAUUGAUUUAAGACGAGACAAAGUUAACACUUGUGCCGUAAAUAUUAUCUAGGUUUAUGGAGAUACUUGAAGACCACUGGGACGUGUUUCAAUAAUUAAAAGGCUUAAACUCUUACUAAUCAAGAAGAACCUAAACCAUUAAGUUGGCUGAGAAUGGCUAACAACAAGGAUGCCAGUGAGAGCACCCCUCUACUGGACUCAGGUUCUGUGAGCAGACCUUCACCACCUUCAGUUUUCCAGGGAAGAAGACUAGCAUGUGCAGCCGUCCUACUGGCUGAAUCGUUAGAAAGGAUUGCGUUCUACGGCAUCACAUCCAAUCUGGUCCUUUUUCUCAAUAGUAAUCCCUUUUAUUGGGAGGGCACUCAGGCGAGCCAGGCACCCCUGAUGUUCAUGGGAGUUACUUACCUAAUUUCACCAUUUGGAGGCUGGUUGGCGGAUGCAUACCUUGGAAAAUUCUGGACAAUAGUUUCAAGUUUGAUCCUAUAUUUUCUUGGCAUGCUAUUUUUCCCUUUUAUUUCGAAUGAAGACACCAGGAUACAAAUGUGUGGAGAUGAGGUGGCGUUUCCUGUGCAACCUGCUGAGUGUCUGAGCACAAACAGUACCCCUCCAAGCAAUGUAACCUGCCCCAUCCGUAACCCAUAUUGUGGCCCAGUAGUCUACAGUGGACUUUUUUUAAUUGCAUUAGGCGUGGGUACUGUGAAGUCCAACAUCACUCCCUUUGGGGCAGAUCAGGUCAAAGACCGAGGACCAGAGGCCACGCGCAGAUUCUUCAACUGGUUCUACUGGUGCAUCAACUUAGGAGCCAUCCUGUCUCUGGGAGGCGUGGCCUACAUCCAGCAAAACGUCGGCUUUGAAAUCGGCUACAUUGUUCCCACUGUGUGCCUCGGGGUGUCCUUCCUGGUCUUUCUCCUUGGACGUACUGUGUUCAUCACCAAGCCUGCCGAUGGCAGCGCCUUCACAGAUAUGUUCAAGAUCCUGGGCUUCGCCUGCUGUUCCAAGAAACCAAAGGAGCCUAAUCUGCUCCGCAAUAAACCAACGCUGCUAGACAGUGCCAAAGUGACCUAUGGAGGCAAAUAUCCAGAAGAGAAAGUAGAGGAAGUGAAAUCCCUGGUGAAAAUCCUCCCAGUGUUUUUCGCCCUUAUCCCAUACUGGACUGUGUACUUCCAGAUGCAGACGACGUACAUCCUGCAGGGCCUCCAUCUGAGGAUUCCUAAUAGUCCUUCGAACAUCACUGAUGACCCCCAAAAGAUGACGUUCCACUUCCCUGCCGCCUGGCUCACCAUGUUUGACGCAGUGCUCAUCCUUAUGCUGAUUCCCCUGAAGGACAAAGUGGUGGACCCCAUCCUGAAACGCCGCGGCCUGCUGCCUUCCUCUCUGAAGAGGAUCGCAGUGGGGAUGUUCUUUGUUAUGUGGUCAGCCGUGGCAGCGGGUAUUUUGGAGACCAAACGCCUGGAGAUCAUCAAAUCAAAUGGUACCAUUGACCAGGUGCUUGGCAAAGUUAUCUACUACGCGGCAGAUUUACCCAUAUGGUGGCAAGUGCCUCAAUAUGUGCUGAUAGGAAUCAGCGAAAUCUUUGCCAGCAUUGCAGGUCUGGAGUUUGCCUAUUCUGCAGCCCCCAAGUCCAUGCAGAGUGCCAUCAUGGGGCUCUUCUUUUUCUUCUCUGGGAUUGGCUCCUUCGUGGGCUCCGGUUUGUUGGCUAUUGUCUCCCUCAAGGAGAUUGGCUGGAUGUCAUCCCACAAAGACUUUGGUAAUAUCAACGACUGCUCCCUGCACUACUACUUCUUCCUCCUGGCAGGGAUCCAGGGCGUCACCUUGCUGGUCUUCCUUAUUGUCUCUUUCAAGUAUGAAAGGCAGAGGGGCAAAACAGGAAGCCAACGGCAGAGACACACCUCCUCUUGACCUACACAUGUUCCCAUACCCCACCUCACCAUACCUGCCUUCUCCAGUCAUAUCGCUCAGUGCCCAAAGACCCGGUCGAAUAGCUUCUUAAUCAAAUCCUACAGAAGUUUGGUUUACCUCCUUUCAGUCACAAAUGAUCUUGACUAUAUAUAUAUUUCGUAUUUAUGUUUAUUCUAGCUUUAUAGCUAAAUAUCUGACUCUUAUCUUUUUUUUUUUUGUACAACAAUAAUGGUUUUAGGUCACUGGAUGAAUGCACAGGUACCACUGAAAAUAUAGAGAUUGAUGCAGGAGCCAUGUUUGGAUCAUUUCUACUGCGCUCCCUUACUCCCGCGUGUUUACUCUUGUUGCCUUUCUUUGAUCAUUUGCACUUGACUUGAGGAAUGGUGCCAUAAAACAAACAAUGAUA